AUGGCGCUUCAUCACAACACUCACGAUUCCAUGCAAUAUUUUCGACAUUACAUCAAUCCUUUGCUUGAUUCUCUCUACCCAGUCCCACAAGAGCCGAAUACUGUGGUGAAUGUGAGCCCUGAUGACCCGGAUGAUAGCAACAAUGUCAACGAUGAAGGCAAUGAUGGUGUGUCUGUUCCAGUUGGACAGAGUGGGCUUAGUGGGGAAAACUCCGAUAAUCUUGACCACUUCGAGGACACCGCACCUCUCUGUUCUCCAGACUUGGAUACCGGCAGUGACAUCCUUCUUUUCAACAACAUUCUCCUCUAUCAUGAUAUGCUAUUUUACUGGGAAUUUAGGUUGAGUAUCAAGGACAGCGAUAUUGGACGAACCUUUGAGGUAAUCAAGCACCCUUUAUCCCAGUGGCUUCGAGUGUGGUUUUUUGGAGCUGGUGCUACCAAUUAUGGUCAAGAGUUGCUGCAUCAAGCCCUUGAUCUCUGGUUCCACUUCACCGAAAAAAUGAAGAAUGCAGUUUUUAACAAUUAUGUCAUUAGCCCAUCUGGGAGGGGCAAUGGUUGCGAACAAGACCUGCUUCAAGAGCACACCAACUUCUGGCUCAAGCAGUUUUUAAUGGACGCUUGGCCAAGUUUGAUUCCAGCUUCUUGCACAAAGCUGUCACGCUGA